GGAGAGAUGGAUUAUCCGCGAUUUGAACGCAGCGUUCGGAUGUUUCCUCGGCUUGUUUGUUUUUUUUUUGCAGCUUGCGUGUCGGAACCUGUUUCCGUGCAGCAGAUCGCGGAGGGAAACAAAACAUCUGGCCGCAGCUGCGUCUUUAAGCGCCGCCGCCGAUAAAUUAGCGGCAGGCUGAUCGAGCGCCGCUGUCCGCUGAGGGAGGUGCUGAAAUCAGAGCUCAUUCUCUUCUCCAUCACUCCCCUUACCUCUCUCUCUCUCUCUCUCCAUCUCUCUUACACACACACAAACACACACUCCUCCCCUCUCUCCCUCCCUUAUCUCGCUGUUGCCGCCGAUCGACACUUGCAGCCAUUUUACGCAGGAAGGAACCCGAUCAUGUCGUGAGCUUCGCUGGUUACCUGGGCACAGCCAGCAGCGGCGGCAACAGCAGCAGCAAGGCAGCCGCACACAAGCAGGCGGGAAGGCAGGCGGGCAGGUCCGGGCAAAGAUGGUGAAGAGGAAGAGCCUGGACGAGAACGAGCCGGAGUGCGGGAAGGGGAUACCGUUCCCCAUCCAGACCUUCUUGUGGAGGCAGACCAGUGCGUUCCUGCGUCCCAAGUUGGGGAAACAGUAUGAGGCGUCUUGUGUGUCUUUUGAGCGGGUGCUGGUGGAGAACAAGCUCCACGGGCUGUCGCCGGCCCUGUCAGAGGCCAUCCAGAGCAUCUCCCGCUGGGAGCUGGUCCAGGCAGCCCUGCCCCACGUGCUCCACUGCACGUCCAUCCUGCUGUCGAACAGGAACAAGCUGGGCCACCAGGACAAGCUGGGCGUCGCCGAGACCAAGCUCCUCCACACGCUGCACUGGAUGCUGCUGGAGGCCGCCCAGGAGUGCAACCACGAGCCGAGCCUGGGCCACGGCUGGUCGGCGGGCAGCAGCAGCAGCAGCGCCUUCCUGCAGCCCGUGGGGAACCAGGGCUCGUCGCCGGGGGCGCCCGGCUCCGUGUCCGUGUCCGGCUCGGCGCUCGGGGGCUCGGGGCCGCAGCACGGCAGCUCGCUGCUGGAGGAGGACGAGCACGCGCGCACCAAGCUCUUCCACAAGAGCAUGGCCACGGUGGAGCUGUUCGUGUUCCUGUUCGCGCCGCUCAUUCACCGGAUAAAGGAGUCAGAUCUGACCUUCCGAUUGGCCAGCGGCCUGGUGAUAUGGCAGCCGAUGUGGGAGCACCGCCAGCCCGACAUCCCCGCCUUCACGGCCCUCAUCAAGCCCGUCAGGAACAUCGUGACAGCAAAGAGGAACUCCCCAGUCAACAACCAGUGCAGCCCCUGCGGAUCUGGCAACCCGGGUCCCAUGGGUUUCCAGGUGGUCUGCGAGGCCGCCCAAUCGGAUUCCUCCUCCCCCUCGGCCGGGGAGCAGAGCUGUCGUCGUGGCAACUCGGUGGAGAAAGGCGGCCCUUCCCAGCAGCCCGCGCCGGUCAAAGGCCCCUCCAAGAAAAAGACUUCAGCCCCCGCCGGCCUGCCAGCGUCUCUGGCCCAGCGGGCGCGCUACGCCACUUACUUCGACGUGGCCGUGCUGCGCUGCCUGCUGCAGCCGCACUGGACGGAGGAGGGCGUGCACUGGGCCUUGAUGUUCUACCUGCAGCGCUUGAGGCAGAUCCUGGAGGAGAGACCCGAACGCCCCCCGGAGCCCCUGGUCGCGCCUCUGCCACGCCCACGCAGCAGCUCCAUGGUGGCCGCGACGCCCUCGCUAGUCAACACCCACAAGACGCAGGACAUGAGCCUGAAAUGCAACGAAGAGGGGAAAUCUCUGAGCAGCGAGACCUUCGCGAAAGUGUCUCUGACGAACCUGCGUCGCCAGGCCGUUCCCGACCUGGCCUCUGACCUGGGAAUGAACAUCUUCAAGAAGUUUAAGAACCGGCGUGAAGACCGGGAGAGAAAGGGCUCCAUCCCAUUCCAUCACACGGGAAAGAAGCGGCAGCGUCGCAUGGGAGUUCCUUUCCUGCUGCACGAGGACCACCUGGACGUCUCGCCCACCCGCAGCACCUUCUCCUUUGGGAGUUUCUCGGGCCUGGGAGACGACCGGCGCGCUCUGGACCGCGGCGGCUGGCAGGCCACCAUCAUGGGCAAGUUCACACGGCGGGGCAGCACGGACACAGCUGCAGACGCCGACAGCCUGAGCGCCAAGCACUCGCACUCGCACCACUCUCUGCUCCGAGACAUGCCCGACCACUCCAACAGCCACAGCGACAACACAGUCAAAGAGGUCCGAUCUCAGAUUUCCACCAUCACCAUGGCGGCAUUUAACACAACGGUGGCGUCCUUCAAUGUGGGCUACGCCGACUUCUUCACCGAGCACAUGAAGAAACUCUGCAACCCCGUAGCCGCGCCCGAGAUCCCCGUGGAGCCGCUGGCCUGCGCCAACCUUCCGCGCAGCCUAACGGACUCCUGCAUCAACUACUCCUGUCUGGAGGAAGGGGAGAACAUCGAGGGGACCAAUAACUUUGUGUUGAAAAAUGGCAUGUUGGACCUCACUGCUGUCCUGCGGGCUCUUUACGCCGUCCUCAGCCACGAUAUCAGCUCCAGGAUCUGCGACGUGGCCCUCAACAUCAUCGACUGCCUGCUGCAGCUGGGCGUGGUGCCCGACAUGGGCAAGAAACUGUCCAAGCCCGACAACAAGGAGAACCAGGAGGCGCGAGCCAAAGAUGGCCAGGGGCUCGGAGGAGGCGCUCAGGGAGGCGGCUCCAUCGCCGGGGCCGGAGCAGGCGGAGGGGGAGACGGAGGUGGAGGAGGAGGAGGGGGAAGUGGCGGAGGGAGCGGUCAAGGGAGCAAGGAUGAUGUGAAGAAUAACAAAGAUAAUGACAAAAAGGAAGAGGGCUCUGGCUUCAGCACCCACCGCCUGGCUUUGACCAUGCUGAUAAAGAUAGUUAAGUCUCUGGGUUGUGCUUACGGCUGUGGCGAGGGCCACCGCGGACUGUCAGGGGAUCGGCUCAGGAUGCAGGCUCAGAACUGCCUGACCAACCUGUAUAAGCUGGACAAGCUGCAGUUUCGUCAGACUAUGCGUGAAUACGUCAACAAAGACUCCCUCAAUAACAUAGUGGACUUUCUGCAUGCACUGCUGGGCUUCUGUAUGGAGCCCAUUACUGACAAGUACGGCAGUGCAGGUGAGAGGUCCAGGAGGGCGAAAAAAAGAAACAUCGACAAGGCGGGCUUCGGCAACAACUUCACCACGGGGGACAACAAGUCCGUGGCCCAGAACAUGGAGGCGGUGGUGGUGGGCUGCAUGUUUAAGUCCCUCAUCACCCGCUGCGCCUCGACCACGCACGAGCUGCACAGCCCCGAGAACCUGGGUCUGUACUGCGACAUCCGCCAGCUGGUGCAGUUCAUCAAGGAGGCCCACGGAAAUGUGUUCCGCAGGGUGGCACUGAGCGCGCUCCUGGACAGCGCCGAGAAGGUCACCGCCACCAAGAGGCCCGACGACAAGGAGGAGUCGAAGCAGCCCGGGCCGAGGAGGUCAGAGGCGGGUGUGUCCGGGGAGAAGGGUCAGGUGUCCAGUGCUGCAGAUGAGUGUCGCAGCUACAUCUCCAGUAGACCCCCCCAGACACCCGAACAUGAAGAGCAGAUCCCGGGCGCUCUGCUGGGCAGGAAGGAUUUUUGGAGGAAGAUGUUCAAGUCGCAGAGCGCAGCCAGCGACACCAGCAGCCAGUCGGAGCAGGACACGUCCGAGUGCACCACGGCGCACUCGGGCACCACCACCGACCGGCGCUCUCGAUCCAGAUCCCGGCGCAUUUCACUGCGCAAGAAACUAAAGCUCCCUAUAGGGAACUGGCUGAAGCGUUCCUCUCUGUCCGGACUGACUGACGGCGUUGAGGACCUGCUGGACAUCAGCUCGGUGGAUCGGCUGUCCUUCAUACGCCAGAGCUCAAAGGUGAAGUUCACCAGUGCGGUGAAGCUGUCCGAAGGGGUCGCGGCGGGGCCGGAGUACGGCAGGGACGAGGAGGAGAAUUUCUUCAAGCGGCUCGGUAAAUGGAGGUCUGGCAGGAGGAAUCCAUCCAAGCUUCACCACACAGAAGAGAAAGAUGGACCUCACGGCUUUCAGGAGCGCCUGGCAGCCAGUCAGGAGGCCAUGAAGAACAAGAACGUGGUGAAUCUGGGCGCCAUCCGGCAGGGCAUGAAACGCUUCCAGUUUCUGCUCAACUGCUGCGAGCCGGGAACAAUACCUGACGCCUCCAUCCUCGCCGCUGCCCUGGACCUGGAAGCUCCGGUUGUGGCCCGGGCCUCCCUCUUCCUCGAAUGUGCCAGAUUUGUCCACCGCUGUAACCGUGGCAACUGGCCCGAAUGGAUGAAGGGCCAUCAUGUAAAUAUCACCAAGAGAGGCCUGUCUAGGGGCCGAUCCCCUGUUGUCGGCAACAAAAGAAACCAGAAGCUCCAGUGGAACGCAGCCAAACAUUUCUGCCAGUGGGGAGACGCCAUUGGCACGAGGCUCAGCGAACUCUGCCACUCGGACAGCGAGAGCCCCGCCAACAUCCUGGGUUACAUUUACGACGAGGAGACCAAGCGGAGGAUGAGAAAAGAAGACGAGGAAGAAGAUUAUUUAGAUGACAACACGGUCAAUCCGACAAAAUGUGGCUGCCCCUUCGCCCUGAAGAUGGCGGCUUGCCAGUUGCUGUUGGAAAUCACCACUUUCCUGCGAGAGACCUUCCCCUGCUUACCAAGACCACGCACUGAACCACUAGUGGAUCUGGACAGCUGCCGCCUACGUCUGGACCCAGAGCUCGGCCGCCAUCGCUACGAGAGGAAGAUCAGCUUUGCGGGGAUCCUCGACGACGAGGACGGACACGAUUCGCUCAACAGCAGCAGCCACACUCUGAAAUCCGACACCACGGGCGACGACAAGAAGACCCAGGAGGCUCAAGAUAAUCUCUCCUCGCUUCCUUGUUCUCCAGCGCCCAUAAGGAAGAUUCGUAUCGGAGGCUCCCGGCUGCUUCAGAUUAAAGGCGCCCGCAGUUUUCGCGUCAAGAAGGGGGGCUCCCUGUCCUCUAUUCGCCGCGCAGGGAGCCUGAAGAGCACCAAGUUGUCUCGGCAGGACUCCUCCUCUGAGAACGAAGAGGGGCUGCUGUCACAAACACACAGCAGGGACACUGUCACUGACAUCGGAAGUCCUUUCAGCACCAGUGAACCAAGCAUCGAGCCAGAGGGUCCGAGCACAGGAGGACUAGAGGACAACUACCACCGCAACAUGUCCUGGCUUCAUAUCAUGAUCCUGCUGUGCAACCAGCAGAGCUUCAUAUGCACCCACAUAGACUUCUGCCACCCGCGCUGCUACCAGCACCACAGCCGCUCCUGCGCCCGCCUCGUCCGCGCCAUCAAGCUCGUGUACGGCGAGACGGUGGACAGCCUGAGGGAGGACAGCGCCUCCUCUGGCAACAUCGGCGCUCGGGCGAAGAAAAACAAAGAGUGUUCCGACAAGUCUUGUUUGAGGACCCCGUCUAUGAAGAGGAGACCCACCGACUCCAACACCGAGGGGAAGAAGGACACGGGGAUGCUCAAGUACAUCCGCAACCAGGUGAUGAGCUUAUCUCCAGCUCCUCUUUCCUUGCUGAUCAAGGCAGCUCCUAUCUUGACCGACGACAUGUACGGAGACAUCCAGCCGGCAGCCUGGGAGCUUUUGCUCAGCGUGGAUGAACAUAUGGCAGCUGCUGCUGCCGCCAUGUUCCUUCUGUGCGCGGUGAAGGUUCCGGACGCGGUGACCGAAAUGAUGAUGGCCGAGUUCCAGCACCAGGAGGCCUGCCAGCGCAUCAACUCCAUCCUGAAGUUUUACACGCUGUGGCGAUUCCGCUACCAGGUGUGGCCUCGCAUGGAGGAAGGAGCCCAGCAAAUCUUUAAGAUCCCUCCACCCAGCAUCAACUUCACUCUGCCGUCUCCAAUACUGGGGAUGCCGUGUGUCCCCAUAUUCGACCCGCCCUGGGUGCCCCAGAACACCGGCAGCGUCCAGGACCCGAUCAACGAGGACCAGUCUUACCCCACAUUAAUUCAGUCAGUCCAUACCAUAAAAUCCUUCUCGGCGCGGGCGGUGUCGCGCUCCCACCAGCGGGCCGAGCACAUCCUCAAGAACCUGCAGCAGGAGGAGGAGAAGCGGCGCCUGGGCCGCGAGGCCAGCAUCAUCACGGCCAUCCCCGUGGCUCAGGAGGCCUGUUACGAGCCCACGUGCAGCCCUCCGCCCGAGCAGGAGGAGGAAGCAGAAGAAGUGGUGAACCUGGCAUCACGCCGUCUGUCCGUCAGUCCAUCCUGCGCCUCCAGUAACUCCCACAGGAACUAUUCCUUCCGCCGGGGCUCCGUGUGGUCCGUCCGCUCACUGGCCAGUGCUGAAGACGAAGAAAACACAACAGAGCACACUCCCACUCACCACAUGCUACAGCCACCCCAGGCCGUCUUCCCAGCAUGCAUCUGCGCUGCCGUCCUGCCGAUAGUGCACCUCAUGGAGGACGGGGAGGUUCGAGAGGACGGCGUCGCUGUGAGUGCUGUUGCUCAACAAAUCCUCUGGAACUGCCUGAUUGAAGAUCCGGCUCUGGUCCUGCGCCACUUCCUGGAGAAACUAACAGUGAGCAACAGACAGGAUGAGCUGAUGUACAUGCUGAGGAAGCUCCUGCUCAACAUCGGAGAUCUGCCAGCUCAGACCUCUCAUAUACUCUUCAACUACCUGGUGGGACUGAUAAUGUACUUCGUGCGGACGCCUUGUGAGUGGGGCAUGGACGCCAUCUCGGCCACGCUGACCUUUCUGUGGGAGGUGGUCGGCUACGUAGAGGGGCUCUUCUUCAAGGACCUGAAGCAGACCAUGAAGAAGGAGCAGUGUGAGGUCAAGCUCCUGGUGACUGCCUCCAUGCCAGGGACCAAAACAUUAGUGGUGCACGGGCAGAAUGAAUGUGACAUCCCAACACAACUACCAGUCCACGAAGACACUCAGUUUGAAGCCCUGUUGAAGGAGUGUCUUGAAUUUUUCAACAUUCCCGAAGCCAGGUCAGCGCAUUACUUCCUCAUGGACAAACGGUGGAACCUCAUCCAUUAUUCCAAGACGUACGUGAGAGACAUCUACCCUUUCCGGAGGUCAGUCUCUCCCCAGCUCAACCUCGUCCACAUGCUGCCUGAGAAAGGACAGGAGCUCAUCCAGAAACAAGUGUUUUCUCGUAAACUCGAGGAAGUCGGCCGCGUCCUGUUCCUCAUCUCCCUCACGCAGCACAUGCCAGCUGUGCACAAGCAAUCCCACGUCUCCCUCCUGCAGGAAGACCUCCUUCGCCUGCCCUCCUUCCCACGCACAGCCAUCGACGCAGAGUUCUCCCUGUUCAAUGAGCCUCAAGGGAAGGAGCUGUUUGGUUUGGACACCCUCCACAAGGUUCUGUGGAUCAAGCUGCUGGAGGAGAUGUUUCUGGGCAUGCCCAGUGAGUACCCGUGGGGCGACGAGAUGAUGCUGUUCCUCAACGUCUUCAAUGGAGCUCUGCUGCUCCACCCCGAGGACAGCGCCCUGCUCAGGCAGUACACAGCGACCGCCAUCAACACCGCCGUGCACUUCAACCAUCUCUUCUCAUUGAGCGGUUACCAGUGGAUCCUGCCCACCAUGCUCCAGGUUUAUGCUGAUUAUGAGAGCAACCCUCUACUGAGGCAGGGCAUUGAGUUUUGCUGCAGGCAGUUCUACAUCCUCCACAGAAAACCCUUCAUCCUGCAGCUGUUUGCCAGCGUGGCUCCGCUUCUGGAGUUCACUACCAGCACCAGCACUGGUCUGUCCAAAGGAGUGUCCGCCCAAUGUCUGUUCGACCUGCUGGUCUCUCUGGAAGGUGAAACUCAGGAUGCCCUGGACGCUCUGGAGCUGGUCAAGGCUGAGAAGCCUCUGCGAUCUCUAGAUUUCUGUUACGGCAACGAGGACUUGACCUUUUCUAUCAGCGAAGCCAUCAAGCUCUGUGUCACCGUGGUUGCUUACGCCCCCGAAUCUUUUAGGAGUCUCCAGAUGCUGAUGGUGCUGGAGGCUUUGGUUCCCUGCUUUCUCCAGAAGCUCAAGAGCAACACAAUCACCAUGGAGUCCGCUUCGGCCGCCAGGGACGAGAUCGCAGCCAUUGCUGCUCUGGCCACAUCUCUACAGGCCCUUCUCUACAGCUCCGAGGCAUUAACGAGGCCCAUGACAGCACCUCAGUUGUCCCGUUGUGAUCAGGGCCAUAAGGGAGGCACAACUGCAAACCAUGCCAUGUCAGGAGGAGUCAACACCAGGGACAACCUCCACCUGCUGGAGGAAGGUCAAGGGAUGCCACGGGAGGAGCUGGACGAGCGCAUCGCCCGGGAGGAGUUUCGCCGACCACGGGAGUCCCUGUUAAACAUCUGCACUGAGUUUUACAAGCACUGUGGACCCCGACUCAAAAUCCUGCAGAAUGUCGCCGGCGAGCCGCGCGUCAUAGCUCUGGAGCUCCUGGACAUCAAGUCCCACAUGAGGCUAGCAGAGAUCGCUCACGCCUUGCUGAAGCUGGCGCCCUACGACACCCUGACCAUGGAAAGCCGAGGCCUGCGUCGCUACAUCAUGGAGAUGCUGCCCAUCACCGACUGGUCCUCGGAGGCCGUCCGCCCCGCCCUCAUCCUCAUCCUCAAGAGGCUGGACCGCAUGUUCAACAAAAUCCACAAGAUGCCUACGCUCAGGUGCGCUCGCCCACAGGCAUUAUGCACCAGGAGACAGGUGGAGUGGGAGGCGGCGAGCAACCUGAUCGAGGGGAUCUGCCUGACCCUGCAGCGGCAGCCGAUCAUCUCCUUCCUGCCGCACCUGCGCUCGCUGAUCAACGUCUGCGUCAACCUGGUGAUGGGAGUGGUCGGUCCCUCCAGCGUGGCAGACGGGCUGCCUCUCCUCCACCUCAGCCCCUACCUCUCCCCUCCUCUCCCUUUCAGCACGGCCGUGGUGCGGCUGGUCGCCCUGCAGAUUCAGGCCUUGAAGGACGACUUCCCUCUCAGUCAUGUGAUCUCGCCUUUCACCAAUCAGGAAAGGCGAGAGGGGAUGCUGCUCAACCUCCUCAUUCCCUUCGUAUUGACGGUGGGAUCUGGAAGCAAAGACAGCCCCCACCUCGAGCAGCCGGAGAUCUUCCUGCUCCUCCAGACAGUCAUCAACAUCCUCCUGCCCCCUCGCAUCAUCUCCACCUCCCGCACCAAGAACUUCAUGCUGGACGCGUCCCCGGCUCACUGCUCCACGCCGGGGGACACGGGGAAGGACCUGCGCAGGGAGGGGUUAGCGGAGUCCACCAGCCAAGCUGCGUAUCUCGCUCUGAAGGUGGUGCUGGUUUGCUUCGAGCGCUCUCUGGGGAACCACUGGUAUCGGCUGAGCCUGCAGGUGAAGGAGAUGGCUCUGAGGAAAGUGGGCGGACUGGCCUUCUGGGACUUUAUCGACUUCAUCGUCCGAACUCGGAUCCCCAUUUUCGUCCUGCUGAGACCCUUCAUUCAGUGCAAGUUGCUGACGCAGCCCGCCGACUCCCAGGAGGAGAUCACAGCCCGGCACCACAUCGCCGACCAGCUGGAGCGACGCUUCAUCCCGCGACCCCUCUGCAAGAGCUCCCUGUUUGCAGAGUUCAACAACGAGCUCAAGAUCCUCAAGGAGGCCGUGCACAGCGGCUCAGCGUACCAGGGCAAGACGUCCAUCAGCACGGUGGGGACCUCCACGUCGGCCUACCGCCUCAGCCUGGCCACGAUGUCGCGCUCCAACACGGGCACCGGCACGGUUUGGGAGCAGGACAGCCAGCCGUCACGUCAGCCUUCGCAGGACACGCUCAGCCGCACCGACGAGGACGACGAAGAGAACGACUCCAUGAGCAUCCCCAGCGUGGUGAGCGAGCACGAGGCGUUCCUGCCGCGGGUGAUGUCCCAGCGGCGCUUCUCCAGCCACGCCACCGGCUCGGCCGCCUCGCAGCCCGAGGCCCCGCGCGCCACCAUGUUGCCCAGCCACAGUGAACCCAAUGUGCUAGAUGAGUCCCAGGGCCUUCUUCAGGAGGGUAACCUCUCUAGGGUCGCCAGUGUGCAGAGCGAGCCGGGCCAGCAGAACCUCCUGAUCCAGCCCCCCUUAGGACGAAAGCGAGGACUCAGACAGCUGCGUCGCCCCCUGCUGUCCAUUCCAAAGAAUGAGCCGCGAGGUCGAUCCGGGGCGAGGCUUUCUACGACGCGCAGGAGCAUCCAGCCCAAGAACAAGCCACUGGAAACUUUAUUGGACUGUGAAGCGCAUGGAGACCAAAAGAGGUCAGUCACCUUUACAGAGAAUCAAGGCCAGCAGGCGUCGGCAGGGGCCGGCAAGCCCCCGAUGACUCCCAGCGCCGCGGAGGCUCCAGCUGAGGGCAGGAAGGCCAGUCCUGCGUCGGCAAAGUCCCCAACGCUAGAAGUGCCCUCAGCCUCCUCAGCCACAGUCACUGCCGACCUACACGGACCUGCAAACACACAGGUCCCUCCAGCCAUAAGCAGCAAGGAGAAGAGAGAGCAGUGGGGGCUCCGCAGCAGCCUCUCCCCUCCCCCCUCCAUCUCCCGCCCCUCCACUCCCACCCCCCCAUCCCGAACCUGCUCCCCUCUCCCUCUCUCCCGAACCUGCUCCCCUCUCCCCCUGUCCCGCACCUCCUCCCCUCUCCCUCCGCCGCUCCCCGUGCUGGCCACAGCGCCCGCCCCGGGCCCCCCACCCCCGCCGCCGCUGCCACCACCACCACCACCACAACCGACCCCGCUCCUCCCCCCGCCUCCGCCGGGGCCUUCGCGGAUCAGAGAGAGCCCCGGGGACGAGGACACGACGGCGCUCCUCCCCCGCAGCGGCACCCUGCUGCAGCUCAGCGAGGACGACGGCACCGAGAACCCGCUCCUCACCCCUCUGCUGUCCCCUCCUUCACCCCGCCGCUCGCCCCGCCGCUCUCCUCUUCCUCUCUCCCCCGUCGACCUGGACCUGGAUGAAUCCCACGUGUGAGGGAAGCGACAGGUGCAUUUUAUUUCUCUAUGUGGAGCUUCUACAACUUCUACAUAGGUCUACACGGUCUAUUCUCCCUCACUCACAUCCUAAAAGCUGUUUCCCUCUCAAACUAAACUGCUCUCUCCUCGGGUCCAGUUAUUUAGUUUCACAUCUAAAUUUCUCCUUGAUCUCAGUUUUCUACCUGUCCUUAAACUGAGGACUGAAUGUAUAUCACAUCAGCAAUCUGCUCUCUUUACAUCUCAUCUCAUCAGAAAGCCCAAGAUAUUUAUUUUCCAGUCAGUAGCAGAGCAAAUAAUUACUUAUAAAAGAGAAGAAAUUGAUUUUUUUUUAUUAAAUAAAGGGAAUAAAUAAAUAUACACUACAGUAUAGGAUUUUAAACAUUAUAUGUGGUCGUGUGGAACAGGAAUAAAACAUUAUAUAUAUAUAUAUAUAUAUUGAGAGAGUUUAUAUUUAAGAAAAAUCUAAAUGUGCUUUUGAUUUACUUGAAUAUAUUGAUUGUUUUUUUAGGUUUAAAGAAAAUAUAUAUAAGAAGAGACAAAAAAGGUGUCAAGAGUGAGAUUAUGGGAAAUAUAGUGCAGUUAAACUUAGACUGCACAGGAAGUAUAGAUUAUUUAGCAGCAGAUUCACCAAACUGCUGCUUUUCAUUGUGCAAUCGACAACUCCCCCUCCAUUAGACUCCACAGCGUGCUGCUCGGUGUCUCCGCAGAAUAUUUAAUUUGUGACCAAAGACUGUAUCUCCGUCUCGUGUGUGUGCGUAUCAGCUCAGAACUAGCAGUUAUAAUGUCCCGGUGUUGCAGUGCUGCUCACGCCGUCCUGUUUGUGAUAUCGUCUUGUGUUCAGAGCAGUAAGACUUCCUUUAAAUGUGACUACUGUGACGAAGUGAUGCGGCACAUUGGCCGCUACCUCUUUUGCCCAUUCCGCGCCUUAACCGUCAUUCAUUUCUCUGAGUGAAAACCUCCUACCGUCACAUUUAUUGCGCGUUUCUCUCUGCCCUGUUCAUGAAAUUAUACUGUAUCUGCCUCACAUUCAACCCUAUUCAGCCUGUGGUAUCUACAGUAAUAAUGCUCAUGUGAAAGAUACUUUAUGUGCCAUAAUUCACACCAAUGCACUGUGAGUGUUUUGUUAUUGUUCUUUCUUUUUGCCGUUCCUGUUUGUGAUAAUAUUGUGUGAUUAUGCCGGUCUCAUAGAGGUUAAAGGGGUAGUUCAGUUUAUCAAAGUGGGGUUGUAUUACAUUCAUAGUCCUUGUAUUACCUACAGUAGAUGGUGGUCUCAAUUUGGGAAGCGGGCAGAUAAGCAAAAGCGAAGCACUUUGUUGGUGACAUAAAACAAAACCCACUGAAAACAAAUCUUUUUUUUUUUUUUUUUUUUAGGACAUUUAUUCAUUUAUUCAGAAUCACACGUCUAUCACAGGGUAUUUAGUCUAUCAUCACAGUUUUACCCUGCCUCAACACAGUCACUUUCAAAGCCUCUUCAAGGCUGCCAGACUCCAUUAACAAAAACAGAAAAUUUUACCUUGACUUUCUGUUUUUUUGUUGUUGUUUUGUUUUUUGUUUGUUUUUUUGUUUGUUUUUUGACGAUUAAUGAUUCAGAUUUAAAUUAGGGUUCAAAACACCAGAGUCAAUAAGUGAAUUAAGCUAAUAAAUCAGGGCAUUAGUAGACCAGACACUCUGUAAUGCUUCACAAUUAAAUUGUUGUUUUUGUCAAUGGACUCUGGUGCUGGCUACCGACAGGAAACUGAAGCCGCCAGAUUCCAUUGACUAAACUUGAAAUUUUACCUUGUAAAACACAGGGGUUUCGGUGUUUGUUAGUUUGGAUAUGAAUAAUAUUAAAGCAUUAAGUCACACAAUGCCUCAAAGUAACGAACUGGUAGAGGCGGUGUUUGACUGGAAACGACAGUGUUCUGCGAGAUUGCUGUUUCUGUCAAAGGUGUCUGGUGCCACCCACCGUCUAUUCUAGGUAAUGCUCUUUAAAGCAGUAGCUCCUACAGUCCCAUUUUAAAGAAAUCAAACUCUUCCUUUAAGAAACAUAAUGUCACACAAAUGACUUUUCAUUGAUAGAGGACAGUACAUGUGCACGAACUGGCAGUUGUUGACGUAAAACAUUCUCAUCCUGUCUAAAUACGUCUCAGCUGUUUUCGUUUUUGUAAGGCGCCAAACCUAACGUGCAACGAAGCAUCUUUUUUUCUUCUUCUUCUUUUAGCCAGAGGGCAACUGAAUUGUUGUAUCUGAGUUCCCUUUAAAUGUAACGUUUCUGUGUCAAAUUAUGUCUUCUUUGUGCAAUGGUAGAAUGAAGCUACAGUAUAUCAGAAUAUUUCUGGAACAUCUAAAUAAAUGGAUAUUGUUUACAA